GCCGAAUACUGUUUGGCGCUAGUCUACAGAAGGAAGAUACUGCUAGCUACUACAGGCACAGCAAGAUAGCAUAUGUAGUCAUUUUAAUUUUACAAGCCAUAUAGAGGUUUAUUUUCACUCUCUACAAAAUAAUGUCGGAUGAGGAGUUGAAGGUUCCAGACGAGCUUUUCAAGGAUGUUAAAUUCUACGUGGUUGGAGAUAUUGACCAAAAGGUUGUGCAACUUUUAAAAGCUGGAAAGGCCAAGGAAGUCUCCUACAAUGCUCUUGCGACUCACAUCAUUGCUGAAGAUGCUGAUAAUCCUGAGGUCGGAGAGUCCCGAGAGGUCUUUGAUUUACCCGUCGUUAAGCCAUCGUGGGUGGUUUUAUCAGUAAGAUGUGGCGACAUUCUUCCAGUAACCGGGUUCUCUCCAGAAUCCGGACAGGUGUUCUUUGGUGUAACUGCAUGUCUUCCCAAGCUACCUGAGGACCUGAAUGCUCUGUGGGCCUUAAUAACCUUCUAUGGUGGAGACUGUCAGCUGACUCUCAAUAAGAAGUGUACACACCUGAUUGUGCCAGAACCGAGAGGGGACAAGUAUGAAUGUGCUCUGAAUCAUAGCAGUAUACAGAUUGUUACUCCAGAGUGGAUUUUGGAUUCUGUGGCUGUUAAGAGUAGGAAGGAUGAGGUUGCUUACCAUCCACGCCUAACCUACCAGGAGGCCGAUGAGAGUGCAGAUGAGUAUGAUCGGGGUUCUCAAUCAGAUGGCAGCUACAUUGACCGCCAUUCAAGGGGGUCGAGCCCUACCUCCUUCCGGGAUGGUUCUCCCAUGAGCACACCAGGACUCUCUCCAAAACACCACAGGGAAGGCGAAAUCAUGUUUGACGAUUCUUCAGACUCCUCUCCCGAGAAGGAAGACAGAAACUUGAAUUGGACGCCAGCAAAGAUGAGCCAUCCUGCUGCUGCAAAACGCCGCCUGCAGCAGGGCAAGGAAACUGGCCUCAUCAAUCUGUGUGCCAAUGUGCCACCUGUGCCGGGCACGGUGGCAUCUGCACAGGCACGCAGUAACCUGUCCGCCCACGUUCCACCCACCCAAGAUACUCGUAGCAACAUGGAAUCAUCAGGGCUCUGCACCCCAGGAGUGGAGAAGCAAGAAGUCAUGACAUCUUGGAACCCAGCUGCACGAACGCUGAGAAAUAUCACGAAUAGUACUGAUAUUCAACAGGUUACCCGGCCCUCAAAUGUUGCACAAAUUCUGCAAACCCUGUCAACUCCAACAAAAUCAUUGGAACAACAAGGAAAUCAGAGUCAGCCAGUAGCCCCAGCAAACCCACAGCUGUUUGGCCAAGCAAAGCCUCAGGGGCAGCAGCUUCCUGGUGAAGUCCAACAGCCCCAUCUACAGCAGCAGUUACCAGUGCAGCAUCUUCUGCAUUUGCAGUCUCAGCCACUGAUUAUUCCCCAAUCUUCCUUCCCACAAACUGCAGUUCCACAGCACCACUUUCUCCAGCAGUCACACCCACAGCAGAUCCACCAGCAAAUAUUCUCUUCGCCACAGCAGCAGCAGCAGCAACAGCAACAGCAGCAGCAGCAGCAGCAGCAGCAGCAACCACCACCACAUGCGUUCACACAGCAGCAAGUACAUCCUCAACAGUUAAUCAGGCCACCGCUGCAGCAACAGCAACAGCAGCAGCAGCAACAGCAACAUGCCUUUCAACUACACAGGUUACAGCUGCACCAGCAGCAUCUGCAACAGCAGCAUCUCCUACAGCAGCAAAUGCAACAGCAGCACAUGCAACAGCUGCAGCAGCUGCAGAAUCAGAGCUCAAAGCAGCCCAUGCAAAACCAAAUGCAGCAGACACAACUGCAGCCUCCUCCACAGCAGCAGCAGCUGUUUGGGCAUGAGCCUGGCCUGGACAUUCCUGAGGAUAGUUUCUUGAUUGGCUGUGUCUUUGCCAUUGCUGACUAUCCAGAACAGAUGUCAGACAAGCAGCUGCUGGCCACUUGGAAAAGAAUUAUACAAUCCUAUGGUGGAACAGUGGAUUCUUCUCUCAAUAAUCGCUGUACUCACCUGUUGUGUGAAAGCCAAGUCAGUAGUAUGUAUGUCCAGGCCUUGAGAGAUGGGAAGCGUUGUGUCACUGCCCACUGGCUGAACACUGUUCUGAGGAAGAAGAGGAUGAGCCCUCCAGAGAGAACACUGCACUUUCCCUUCGCCUUCCCCCCCGGAGCAAAGCCCUGCUCACAGCACAUCAUCUCUGUUACUGGAUUUUUGGAUACUGAUCGUGAUGAUCUUAAGUUGAUGGCCUACUUGACAGGAGCAAGAUACACAGGCUAUCUUUGUCGCAGCAAUACAGCCCUCAUCUGUAAAGAACCAACUGGAUUGAAGUAUGAGAGAGCCAAAGAAUGGAGGAUACCCUGUGUGAAUGCUCAGUGGCUGUGUGACAUUCUCCUGGGGAACUUUGAAGCGUUGCGUCAGAUCCAGCACAGUCGCUACUCCACCUUUAAUCUGGAGGAUCCUCUUGCUCCCAAUCAACAUUUGGUGCAUAACCUACUGGCUGCGUGGCGAAGCCCAUUGAAGAUAUCGCCAGAUGCACUGAUGGGCGUUCACGUCCAGCAGAAACAGAAACAGAACAUGUCCAGUCCUCAACCGCCUGCCAAAAAACCUAGGAUUGAAGACUUGCCAGCUCCAACUAAAAAGCUACCACCAGAAACCACCCCAUUUGUGUUCUUCACUGGAUUUGACCCAGUACAAGUUCAGCAGCAUAUAAAGAGAUUGUAUGAUCUUGGAGGAGAAAUAGCAGAAAAUGCACAGAAGUGUACACAUCUUAUUGCAAACAAAGUGACACGAACUGUGAAGUUCCUGACUGCUAUGUCCAUUGUCAAGCACAUUGUCACCCCAGACUGGUUGGAGGAAAGUUGGAAAAGCCAGAAAUUUGUGGAUGAGCAGCAUUUCAUGCUACGGGAUGCAGAGGCAGAGGUCCUUUUCUGUUUCAGUCUGGAGGAGUCUCUGAGGAGAGCCCACACUGCCCCCCUCUUCAAGGGGAAGUAUUUUUACAUAACUCCAGGAAUAUGCCCAAGCCUCACUACUAUGAAAGCCAUUGUGGAGUGCGCUGGAGGGAAGGUUCUGGGAAAGCAGCCCUCCUUUCGCAAAAUAAUGGAGCACAAACAGAACAAGAGUCUCCCUGAGGUCAUUCUGAUAUCCUGUGAAAAUGACCUCCACUUGUGCAGAGAGUACUUUUUGAAGAACAUUGAUGUGCACAAUGCUGAAUUCAUAUUGACGGGAGUCUUGACACAGACCUUGGAUUAUGAAUCAUAUAAAUUCACAUGAUGGAUCUCCUUACUGAUGAAAAAUUAUGCUUCUCCACCUACGGAUGCUUCACACUUGAGAAUGUGGUGGCAGUAAUAGUUUUAGAUAACAAUGUACAGAUGAAAUGGUGAACUUUGCAAUAUUUUGUACACUGUUAAAAAGUAUAAAUACCCUUGUUGAGUAUUUGUUGUUAAUAACAGAAGAAAUCAGCCUAAGAAAAAUUAAGGACUUGUUUGUUUAAAUAGUUAUUAUUUUGUAUAGAUAUUAAUUGAAUUGAUUCUUAUACUUUUAAGCAUUUUUAAUAAAAAUGUUUUGAUACUU